AUGUCUCACAGGUUAGUAACGUUAAUUGGCUUCAGUUAGCUGGCUAGCAAGCUAGCUAACUUUAGCUACUAAUUUAGCUAGCUAUGUUUACUUUAUGUAGCCUGGAUUUCUGCCAAUUAGCAAACCACCUGUCUAUCAAACUAACUAGUAGCAGAUUUUGCAUACCAUAAUGUUCUUAAUAGACACAUAUCAAUGUGAUAGACCUAAUGUAAGCCUUUUUUCAUUGUUAUGGACAUGAUCAUGCUAUUAAUGGAAAACACUCAGUUUUCAGUUGGGAAGCUCAAUUCUUAGCUUUUACUUAUUUCCCAAGUCCAAGCUACUUCAGCUGAUUUAAUUUUCAUGCUAAAUGUCCUUCCAAUGACUGUCUCUCUUCCAGUACAUACAACAAACUGUGGGCUAAUGCCCAGGUCGAGUUGAACUCCCUUCUGGCUCAAGAGUUCCCUGUUCAGCCUCCUCGCCCAGAGAAGGACCGAGUGGUGUUCUUCCAACGCCUGGCCACCCUCUACGUGCGCUACGUGCAGAUCUUCAGGCAGCUGGAGGAGGCCUAUGACCAGGUGGUUCAUCCCCAGAAGAGGAGAGUGAUCCGGGAGGUCCUUGAUGGCGUGAUGGGACGGGUGCUUGAACUCAAGAAUGAGAUGGUGGAGAAAGAGUUCUCUGAGUACCAUUACAUGGACGAUGUCAUCCAGGACUUGAAGCUCACGCCUGUAAGUUCACCCCCCCAAAUCCAUUGAUUUGAAAUGUUUAGCUUUUUGUUCAUGAAAGUUGAAAAGACAGAACAUGAUACGUCUCCUACAGCAGGGGUCCUCAAAGUGGGGGUCGCAAGAAGGUUUUUAGGGGUUGCAAGUGUGAAACUGAAUGGGACAAAUACAUAUUUUUCAUACAUAUUUUAAUAGGCUACAUAUAGCCUACCAUCUUUAUUUGAGAGACAUUUGCCUAUUUGAUCAGGUUUCUAAUAUAGGCCAACGGUAUUGCACAAAAUUAAUGUCUCAAAAACAUUUAAUCUGUGUUUCAGAACUAAAAAGUUGCGUGUCUUGAUUGUUGACCAAUAACAAGUCAUCAGCUUUGGCGCACAAAGACGGGUGCGCAUAUCCAUAUUUUCUUGCUUCAUUUUCUCCGGUUUUGCCUGACAAAAACAGAGUAGACCUACCCAUAUAAAAUACAGUUUAAAAAUCUACUACGGAGGCAUCUUUGCCAGAACAAUAAUAGGCUACCUGGCGAUUUUAUUGAUAAUCUUUAUAUUUCAGAUACACUGUAACUGAAAGUGGUAAUUUCUAUGGUAAUUUUAGGUAUUAUCAACAGAAAAAAUAACUCUAAAAUGUUUAACUGUAGCAUACUGUAAAUGAUGGUGCAUUGUGGGAAAAUUGCUGUAUUUCGAAUGGUACGGUAAUUCCACCCCACAGAAUACAGUACCGUACCGUGUCUUUGGAGUGCCCAAAAACUUUUGACCACACUGUAACAAAAUGAAGUUGUUUUUACGGUAACUGACUGGCAGCUAGUUACCUGUAAGUUAAUGUAAAAAUAGGUACAGUAUGUUACUGAAAAUUCCAAAGAAACUUUGGUUUAACAGUACAUUACUGUAAAGUUAACAGUAAUGUACUGUUAAACCAAAGUUUCUUAAAAAUGUAUGGUAACAUACUGUACAUUUUUUUACAGUAAAUUACAGGUAACUGGCUGCCAGUAAGUUACCAUAAAAACAAGAGGAUUUUCUUUACAAUGCUCUAGUGGGCGCAUGGCAUUGUUUUUUCUGAAUCAUUAACAUAUUUUGAGGUGUGCCUUGUAAGAGCCUAUAUUUGUUGCACCCGUGAGUGAGAACGCUGUACCUAUUUAACUCUUAUGUGGUUAUAAUGCCUCAUCAAUUUAAAUGUAUAGGGGACAGAUUGGAGUAUUAAACCUUAAAUGGAUGAGCAUUUAGCCAUGUCCUUUUAGUCUGUUUUUCCCUGUAGUCACUGCCAGUUUGGAAGCCUUUGUUAAGGCCUCUAGAAGUGCAAGUGAUAUAAAACACCAAAUAUUAUUUAAAAUGCUGUAAUGUGUAAACACUUUACCUAGCAGCAAACCUGCUUGCACCAAUCCCUUGUAAUUACAGUAAAAUACUGUGAAAUACAAACCCCUCCCCUCAAUGAAUUUCAUUCAUCCAUUCAUUCAUUCUGAUUAUGGUAGCAUUUUAUUUUAUUUUUUUACAGUAUAAUACAAUAAUUGUACAGUAUUGUACUGUCUGUCUGUCAUUACACAGUACUUUCUUUGAUAUUGUAUUUAUAUUACAGUGGGUUUACUUUAAUAUGAAAUACAGAAUUUUACUUGCCACCGAGCUACCUGUAAGCUACUUUCAAAUUCACGGUAAACCCUUUACAGUGUAGGCCUAGUUUGGGUGGCUACUGGCUAUAUGUCUAAAGAUAGCUGUAGCAUUCUGCGGGCAGGCAGCCCUCCAAAGUGAUAGUGUGUGGUGCAGACAGACCAUGCUUUCCACCCUAUCCUGCAACCUCUGCUGCAUACAGGCAGGCCGUAUGAUUCUGCUUGCUCUGGACUCCAGAGAAGUGACAUGAUAAACCCUAGUUGAUAUUGGCUGCUAACAUUAAUGACUUUCAGCAAAAAAUACAGGUGUAAAACACAGUUUAUUUCUGUGCGUUUUGAAAAUGCAUCACUGUUUAUGGCUGUAAUGACAGGCUACAUUUGCACCGCGAUUGUGCAUGCAUGUGCGCGGGGGUCUCGAGCUUUGAACCACUGCUUUUGGGGGUCGCGGGUCAAAAAGUUUGAGAGCCACUCUCCUACACUAAAUGGCCGUGUCCCAAAUGGCACCCUAGGGAAUAGCUAUUCCCUAUAUGGUGCACUGCUUUUGGCCUCUGGUCAAAAGUUGUGGCUUAUGUAGGGACCAGGGUGCGGUUUUGGUAUGUAGCCCAUGUUUCAUUUGCUGUAAUAAAAUGUCACUGUAUCUUUUUUGGACAUAAUGCAUCUCAUGUCUCAUUACAGGAGGACAUUGAGAUCCCCAUCCCUCGAUAUUUCCUCAGUGAACGCAGCAAGGUGCUGCAGGAGAGAGGGAAUAUGCUCUCCAACAUUCUCAACCUCAUGGCGGUAGUAGAGAGACCCAAAGUGAGUUAGGCCUAGCUAGCUUUUCUGUAUCACGUAACAUUAGACUUGGUGUAAUUACAUGUAACUACACAUAACUACACAGUAACUAGCUAAGAUAUCAUCUUCAGUUUAUCACAGAAACUUCCUUUCAAUAUAAUAGUUAAAUGCCAGUUAGCAGAUACUUUGGUCCAAAGCGAAUCACAGUACAGUGAGUGCAUAUAUUAAAGUAUGUGACCCCAGCGGGAAUCGAACCCAUGACUCUGGCAUUGCUAGAUACUGAGCCACACAGGACCACCUUUAAUACCCCAUGUUUGUUGGGGCCCCAGCCUGUAGGAGUGCGGGCACUGAACCUGGAGGAAGCCAUAAAGAUCAUCCAGGUGUCAGAGAGGGCCCGCCAGGGGCGCCUGAGGGCCAAAUUCAUGAGGGAGAUCCAGCGCGAUGAGGAGAGGCAGAGGAGGGCCAAGGACAGGGACCUGGGGGCAGCGGCCAUCGGCACGGCUGUGGUUCGCAUCCAGAAGGUAUGGUCAGCCUGGCAAAGUCAGAUACUGUACCUUCAAUCAGUCCUAGACCAUAGGUCUCACACUCGCUAGGUAAAUGAGACUGCUUAGUCCAAACUAUACGUCACUGGUAUAGCCAAGUGAUGAUGUGGAGCAUAUUGGGAGCAUACUCUGAAAUCAGAGGUCUUUAACUAGCCUGCUGUAGUUAUUGUUAUUGCUUGCCAUUUGUAUGAAUGCUCUGUGAGUGUCAGUCAUUAAAGAUACCAUACAAUAGUUGAACGAAGGUGCUACUUUUGUCCCUUCCAGGUAUGGAAGGGUUAUGUGCAGAGGAAAAAAACAAAGAGGGAGCGAGAGGAGGAGAUGAUAUUUUUGGGCAUGGUGAGUCGGAUAGAUAAGCUCUAUCUGUAACAUUUCUAUAGUGUAGUGCCUCUUUUAAGCUACCAGCAGAUGGCACCGUAGGACUGCUUUGUGAUGCUCCUGGGAGAAGUUUUCCCUAUGUACAGAUCUAGGAUCAGCUACCGCUGCACCAAUCCUAACCUUAACCAUUAGUUGGGAAAAUGCAAAACUGACCCAAGAUCAGUGUCUAGGGGCAACUUCACCCUACUCCGCUUGGUGACAGCCUCAUCCACCACAGCAGUGUUGCACCUUUUCCUCCUGCCCCCUCAGGCCAUGGAGCCCAGACACAUCCAGCCCUGUCCUGCCACAACAGCUGCCCAGGCCAACGAGGCCCAUCGGAGGGGCAAGCAGGAGGAGCACGAAGAGGACUACCAGAAGUCCAUUGUGGCCAUCACAGACAAACUCAGAGAGGUGGAGGGGCCCGACAUGAGGGAGACCAUGAAGGACCAGAUCAGACAGUGGUUCAUCGAAUGCCAGUGAGUUUAUUACAGGGAGAUGGUUGUGAAUCACGACAGUGGUUACGUUAGGAUAAUUGUUUUCACACAUUGUCAUUAUAUUAUUCCAUAUUAGAUGGAAAUAAUGGGGUGACAUUAUCAUGGCAGUGAUAUGCAUACUGUAUAUGACAGUAUGCAGUUGAUGGUAAUAUGUUUGGUUGUUAGUGAUGCAACAGGAACUUUCCCUGACUACCCAGAGGAGGAGGACGGAGGCUCGACUCUCAUCUUUGCAGAGAAAACACCUCAACAGGUAUUCAUUAAUGAAUGAAACUUCUGAUGUGUGAUGGUAGUAAUACAUGCAGAUUGACUUACAGUAAGUGGAUCUGCUGUCUUUAAGUUAAUGGAGGAACUAGCAGCAAAAGAUGAGGAGGACACCAACAAAAAGCUAAAAGGGAAGGAGGAAAAUAAGGACAAAGGGAAGAAAGACAAGGGAAAGGGAGGAGAUGAGGUACAUUAAAUACUUUAGAAUACAUAGCCAUGGUCAACGAGAUGCUUUUACUCUGUCCGAUCAAUGAUUGUAGCUUUGUUGAACCACAGGAGGAGGAACCUGGGCUAAAGAUGCUGCCAUCUGCUUUCCUAGGAGAACUGGAAGUAGGACACAAGACCUUUGGUGGUAAGAGAAACGGAUAACGGCAUCCAAAGCGUCCUUGUAGUUUAUUCUUCUUCUCUGGCAGACAAAGACCUUAUAGAUACAGUGUGUUUUCUUAUGUAUCAAUAUUCUACAGUACAUUGAAAGUAGAUGUUUGUAUGACUGACAGAGGUGUGGCAGAAUCGUACUGAGUCCAAGAACUUCAGCCAGAGGCACGAAGCUGAGCUGAUCAAGGAGGAGAAGAGGAAGGAGAUUGAGGUGGAGAUCAGGUUGCAGGUGAGACAAAUUAUUCUGUCACUCUGAGAAGUGAGACAGGCCAGGUAGCCUUGCUCUUACCACUGCACUGAGUGGAUAAAAAUAAGGUACAUAUUAAAGGGAUACUUCAGGAUUUUAGCCUACUUCCCCAGAGUCAGAUGAACUUGUUGAUACCAUUUGUAUGUCUCUACGUGCAGUUUGAAGGAAGUUGCUAACGAGCGUUAGCGCAAUGACUAGAAGUAUAUGGUAAUUGAUAGCAUGCUAGUAGAUACCAUAGACUUCCAUUCAUUGUGCUAACGCUAGUUAGCAUUGAAACGCGAAACUACCUCUAACUUCCUUCAUACUGGAUGUAGAGACAUACAAAUGGUAUCCAUGAGUUUAUCUGACUCAGGGGAAGUACAUACAGGGCUUCAUUGCCAAAAUCCUGAAGUAUCCCUUUAAUGUUGUUUAUAAGGUAAACAUAUAGGGUACUGAGUGAGCUGUUGUGCUUGACACAGGUGGAUGAGCUGAUGAGGCAGGAGCUGGCUAACUGGAAACUGGCCGUGGAUAAAGAUAAGGGUGGCAAAGCCAAGGGAGGCGCAAAGGUAACAAACAGGAGGGAACAUUUAUCUAUGACGAUAUUUCAAUAAUACUUUUAUGUUUGAUAUCUGUUUACUUGAGAAGUGUACUGAUGUCAUUUAUUUUGCUGCUUAGAAAAAGAAAGGGUCGAAAAGUGGAAAGAAGAAAAAGAAAGACAAAGAUCUGACAGCUGAUAGGUGAGACCAGACUCAUCUACAUUUCUCCCAGAGGGAUAGGCCAUUUGAGCUUUUUACCAUUUACUUUUACCCAUGGAAUGUACAUGAUAGGGGCUUUAGAAUUUGAAGGACACAACAUACAACUAUAAUGCUUUAGAUCUGAAAAAAGCCAUUCUGAAAUAUGUAAAUAUUUACAUCCUAUAGGAAUAUUGAGUCUCUGUAUCAGGAGCUGGUGGAACAGGGCUUGUUGAAACAGGCAGAUAAUGUUAAACUGCAGGAUUAUUUAGGUAAGCAACACUGUUUGGUCCCUCCAGUGUGCUGUCUGUAGAUACACACUAACUUUACCAAUUACCUUCAAAUUAAGGUAUAUUUUCUAACCUCUCCUUUCUCCUCUGAUUCCACUUUAACAUUUGCUAAAUCAUUUUGUGCACACAUAAUUUUGUAUAGACUGCCAUUAAUCAUAACAUAAGUGCUGUUAUGUAUUGUAGACCAAAGGGACUGAGCUUGAUAAGUGUGCAAAUACUGCACUCACCUGGCUAGUGCUUGGCAAAAUAAUAUUGAGGACAAACUAAAGCAUAUUUUAGGGAAAUCUCAUAUUCAUGAAUCAAGAUGGUAAAUGUUACUAGUUUACAUUAAUCUUUUCUUCAGCUUUUCUAAAUGCUUUCCCCAGAUUUGAUCAGCCUGACAGCUUCUCUCUCCUGUGUCCCAGGUGACUAUAGCUAUCUGGGGACGACGUUAAGACAAACUGACAUUGAGCCCAUGCCUUCGCUGUCCGACGUGAGACAGGUCAUAGCUCUGUACGCCGUCUUACCUUUAGGUACGUUUGGAACAUCUGGAGUUGUCCUCAGAUGAUAAGAGUCUCACAGAAUUUGAGACCUUAAUCCUUAAUACAGAUACAAUUUAAUUAGUCUCGUGAUUGAUUUUAGCUUGCUAGAUUGAAACUAUGUGGUAAUGUCUUUGUUUAGAAUACACCUGCCAUUUUCAGCUAGACAUUUAUUCUCCAAGGUUCUAAAGGUUCUAGCUACAGUUGUAGCCAAAAAUAUUGGCACCCUUGCACUUUUUUCAAAUAAUGCACAAUUUCUUCCAGAAAAGUGUUGAAGUUACAACAUAUUUUGGUAUCCACAUAUGUAUGUCUUCGGUGUGCAGUUGAACAAAACAGAAAAAUCGGAAAUAUUUGCUAAAUCUUAGCUUAUUCCACAAAGAAAUCCUAAAAUUGCCCUGACAAUAUUAUUGGCACCUUCUAGAAGUAGUUAGAAAUAAUUAGAUUUCAAGCAAGUGAUUCUCCUUUACUUUGGAAUUUAACUCACCUGUGGUGAGUUGCAGGUGCCUGCAAUAUAGAAAUCACUAAUUCAACCAGUUUGAAUAGAGAAAAGGACUCAUUCUCCUGUUUUGUGUCGCUGUGUGUAGCGCAAUGAGCAUGGAGAAAAGAAAGAAAACCACAGAAUUAUCUGAGGAGGUCAGACACAAGAUUGUAGCCAAGCAUGGACAAUCUCAAGGCUGCAAGUCCAUCUCCAGAGACCUUGAUGUUCCUGUUUUCACUGUACGUAAUGUUAUCAAGAAGUUUAAGGCCCAUGCCACUUUUGCCAACCUCCAUGUCCGCAAGAGAAAACUUGAUGGAAAAUUUCAGCUAAGGAUUGUUCGAAUGGUGGAGAAAGAACCUCGGUCAACUGCCACACAGAUUCAAGCUGACCUUCAGACACAAGGUACGACAGUUUCAACUCGCACCAUCCGUCGCCAACUCAAUGAAAAGGGGUUAUAUAGUAGGAGACCAAGGUGGACCCCACUGCUGAGAGAAAGUCAAAAGAAAGCCCGACUGCAAUUUGCCAAAACACACCUGAACAUGCCAAAAUCCUUCUGGGAGAAUGUCCUAUGGACAGAUGAGACCAAAUUAGAGCUUUUUGGUAAAGCACACCAUCUCAAUGUUUACAGAAAACAAAAUGAAGCAUUCAAAGAAAAUAACAUCUUCCCUACAGUCAAACAUGGAGGAGGUUCAGUGAUGUUUUGGGGUUGCUUUGCUGACUAUGGCACUGGGUGCCUUGAACGUGUGCAUGGCAUCAUGAAAUCAGGAGAAUACCAAGUCAUUUUGGAGCGCAAUGUCGGACCCAGUGUCAGAAAGCUGGGUCUCCGUCGAAGGUCAUGGGUCUUCCAGAAGGACAAUGACCCCAAACACACUUCAAAAAGCACCCAGGAAUGGUUCAAGACAAAACGCUGGACUAUUCUGAAGUGGCCAGCAAUGAGUCCAGAUCAAAAUCCUAUUGAAAACUUGUGGAGAGAUCUGAAAACAGCAGUUGGGAGAAGGCACCCUUCUAAUCUGGGAGAACUGGAGCAGUUUGCACAAGAGGAGUGGGCCACACUGCCAGUACAAAGGUGCAGGAAGCUCAUCAAUGGCAAUAGGAAGUGCUUGAUUGCAGUUAUUUUGACCAAAGGCUGUGCUUCCAAAUAUUAAGUCUAGGGUGUCAAUAUCCAAUUUAAAUGGAUAUAUUAAGUUCUGAAUCAAAAACAAAGGUUCUGUAAUAUUAACAGUGAAAUAAAGAAUUGUGGAGACCAAAUACUUUGUUCAAUUUCAACCUAUUUUUAGGGAAAAUUGUGAGUUACUUGAAAAAAGUGCAAUGGUGCCAAUAUUUUUGGCCAUGACUGUAAGUUCUAAAUGUUGCUUGUAGGUUCUCAGGUGGUCCAUGAGAAGGCUCCUCUGGUGAAGGCCAUCCUGCUGGCAGGGCCCGCGGGUGUAGGCAAGAAGAUGCUGGUCCAUGCCAUCUGCCAGGAGACGGGCGCCAACCUAUUUGAUCUGUCACCUCAGAACCUGGCAGGGAAAUACCCCGGCAAGAGUGGCCUGACCAUGAUGCUCCACAUGGUGUUCAAGGUAACACACGAUUUAAUGAAAAGGACUCGACACAGCGCACUCCAUUUUGAGAGUUUUGAUGUGUUGUUUAUGUUGAAAUUUUACAAUGACUGAUGGUUCUGAGGUACAGUGAGGGAAAAAAGUAUUUGAUCCCCUGCUGAUCAUGAUCAGUCUAUAAUUUUAAUGGUAGGUUUAUUUGAACAGUGAGAGACAGAAUAACAACAAAAAAAUCCAGAAAAACGCAUGUCAAAUUGAUUUGCAUUUUAAUUAGGGAAAUAAGUAUUUGACCCCUCUGCAAAACAUGACUUAGUACUUGGUGGCAAAACCCUUGUUGGCAAUCACAGAGGUCAGACGUUUCUUGUAGUUGGCCACCAGGUUUGCACACAUCUCAGGAGGGAUUUUGUCCCACUCCUCUUUGCAGAACCUUCAGCUCCCUCCACAGAUUUUCAAUGGGAUUAAGGUCUGGAGACUGGCUAGGCCACUCCAGGACCUUAAUGUGCUUCUUCUUGAGCCACUCCUUUGUUGCCUUGGCCGUGUGUUUUGGGUCAUUGUCAUGCUGGAAUACCCAUCCACGACCCAUUUUCAAUGCCCUGGCUGAAGGAAGGAGGUUCUCACCCAAGAUUUGACGGUCGUCCCUUUGAUGCGGUGAAGUUGUCCUGUCCCCUUAGCAGAAAAACACCCCCAAAGCAUAAUGUUUCCACCUCCAUGUUUGACGGUGGGGAUGGUGUUCUUGGGGUCAUAGGCAGCGUUCCUCCUCCUCUAAACACGGCGAGUUGAGUUGAUGCCAAAGAGCUCGAUUUUGGUCUCAUCUGACCACAACACUUUCACCCAGUUCUCCUCUGAAUCAUUCAGAUGUUCAUUGGCAAACUUCAAACGGGCCUGUAUAUGUGCUUUCUUGAGCAGGGAGACCUUGCGGGCGCUGCAGGAUUUCAGUCCUUCACGGCGUAGUGUGUUACCAAUUGUUUUCUUGGUGACUAUGGUCCCAACUGCCUUGAGAUCAUUGACAAGAUCCUCCAGUGUAGUUCUGGGCUGAUUCCUCACCGUUCUCAUGAUCAUUGCAACUCCACGAGGUGAGAUCUUGCAUGGAGCCCCAGGCCGAGGGAGAUUAACAGGUCUUUUGUGUUUCUUCCAUUUGCGAAUAAUCGCACCAACUGUUGUCACCUUCUCACCAAGCUGCUUGGCGAUGGUCUUGUAGCCCAUUCCAGCCUUGUCUACAAUCUUGUCCCUGACAUCCUUGGAGAGCUCUUCGGUCUUGGCCAUGGUGAAGAGUUUGCAAUCUGAUUUAUUGAUUGCUUCUGUGGACAGGUGUCUUUUAUACAGGUAACAAACUGAGAUUAGGAGCACUCCCUUUAAGAGUGUGCUCCUAAUCUCAGCUCGUUACCUGUAUAAAAGACACCUGGGAGCCAGAAAUCUUUCUGAUUGAGAGGGGGUCAAAUACUUAUUUCCCUCAUUAAAAUGCAAAUCAAUUUAUAAAAUUUUUGACAUGCGUUUUUCUGGAUUUUUGUUGUUGUUAUUCUGUCUCUCACUGUUCAAAUAAACCUACCAUUAAAAUUAUACUGUUCAAAUAAACCUACCAUUAAAAUUAUAGACUGAUCAUUUCUUUGUCAGUGGGCAAACGUACAAAAUCAGCAGGGGAUCAAAUACUUUUUUCCCUCACUGUAGAUGUCCAGUCCUUUGUUUGUUCAUUCGAUCAUUCAUUCAUUCUGUUUGUAGGUUGCCAGACUGAUGCAGCCAUCAGUGGUGUGGAUUGGAGAUACAGAGAAAAUGUUUUACAAGAAAGUACCGAAGGAGGAAAAAGAGGUAACCAUUCAUACCCAUGAGUUAGUAGCUUAUGUUAUACAUUUUUUAUAAUGCUAGUGUAUGAGAAGAUAUCUAAAUUCUUAAGUCCAAACGAUGUUCUCAUGUACACAGUUAGAUCCAAAACGCUUGAAGAAAGACUUGCCCAAGAUCCUCAAAUCGAUCAAAGGGGAAGAUCGUGUUCUAGUCGUGGGAACGACUCAAGAUCCAUUCAAUGCCGACCUCAAAUCACUAUGCAAGGUGUACAGCAAAAUUAUCCUCAUUCCACGUCCCGACUACGCCUCACGAUAUGGUAAGAAUGUAUCUCCCAGUUGUUGACAUAAGCAUUUAUGAACUGCUUAUGUAUGUACUGCCUGUGAAUGUGUUAUGCAUGCAUGCUUAUGAAUGUGUUAUGAAGUCUUUAUGUACGUACCCUUCAAGUCCUAAUGGUAAUAUCUAUGCUUUCCCCUUAGUCAUGUGGAGGCAGCUGAUCAAGAAGAACGGAGGACAGGUGACGGCUGCCCUGGACCUGAGCUCCUUGGCCAAGAUCUCUGAUGGCUACACGCAGGGUCAUAUGGUGCAGGUGGUGUGCAGCAUACUGACGGAGCGCCGCGUCCAGCAGCUGGCCAAGAGACCCCUGAGCGCCGCCGAGUUUGUGGCCCCGCUGGCCAAGAUCGACCCAGUGUUUCAGGAUGAGGAGGAGGCCCUGAAGGUAAAUUCUGAGAUGUUUAAUACUUAGCUUUUCUAUCUUAGUUUGUUGAUGCUGAAUGCAUUUUCUUUACAAGAAAGGUGUUUGACAUCAAGACUUUGAUGAUGAACAUUUGUUUGCAGAAUUGGUAUGCUAAAACUCCUCUGGGCAAGAAGCGAGCCAAGGCUGCCUCAGGAAAGGAGGGAGAGGAGGAGGCACCGACAAAGGGAGGCAAAGAUGCCAAGAAGAAAGGGAAGAAGUAAAACAAUCGGCGUCUUACUUUAACUGAACUCAACACUGAAAAAAAAACUUAGGCGGAC